CACACUGCAACACACCUGGAUUGGAGGCAUUGCACACUUACAGGCUACCAUCCUGAUGGCUCCCAGGCAAACUCUAAUCCUUGGCUUCUUCCUCCUGGUGUUGCUGGCUCCCUUCACCUGGAGCUACGAAGGGCUGGGCCCAGGUUGCCACCUCUACCCAUUCAACGUGACAAUCCGCAGCGACCGCAGAGGGACAUGUCGGGGGACCCACACAGUGUAUGCUUGUGUGGGCUACUGUGAGUCCAGUGCCUUCCCCUCCCGAUACUCUGUGCUGGUGGCCUCCAACUUCACCCAUAACAUCACCUCUGCAUCCCGCUGCUGCACCAUCAGCAAAGACACCAAGGUGAAGGUGCAUCUUGACUGUCCACACAGCCAUCACCACAAUGACAUUGAGAUCUUGACUGCACGUGCCUGCCGCUGCGACAUGUGUCGUAAAUCACGCUACUGAAGCAUCCUGGCCACACACCACAUAAAAUGCCUUCACACAUGAGGGUAAUGCCAAGCCACUGACACACCUGUCUGUUUCAGCUUCCUAAAGUCUAUAUGUCUAUCAGUGUGUGUAUAAUGUGUGUGUGUGUGUGAGUGUACAC